GACGUUAUUUAGGAGCGCUCCGCCACGCGGCAGCAGUCAAUCAGCCUAACAGACGACCUGAUUUUGCCUGCGGACGAGGCGUCUACACCAACUUUUAAGCUACACGUGCUUGCGCAUUCAUAAGGCUGUCGCAUCCCCUCCGUCGACACCCCGAGUACAUCCCCCCAAGACGACAAUCCACGAUCGAUUCCUACGCGCAUAGACUGUUGUUCCAUAGCGCCAACGGCAAUGUCUUACCAAGGAUACGGCCAACCGCCGUACGGUCAGCCUCCUCAAGGCUACGGCCAACCGCCAUACCCUCCCCAGGGCCACUACCCUCCACAACAACACGGGCAUCCUCCUCCCCAGCAAGGCUAUCCUCCCCAGCAAGGCUAUCCUCCUCAGCAAGGCUAUCCUCCCCAGCAGGGCGGCUAUUACCAGCCUCCGCCAGGCCCUCCCCCGCCGCAAGGGCAACACGCCCCUCCUCCAGGUCCUCCACCAAGUGGCCAUUAUCCCCCGCCGCAAGGGCAGCCCCCGUACGGUCAGCCUCAACAAUAUCAGCAGUACGGUGCACCGCCCGGUGCUCCUCCCCCGGGCCAGUACGGUCAUCACUCACCUGCCCCUCCACCCGGUCCGUAUGGCGCGCCGCCAGGCGCUCCCCCGGGCCACGGUGCGCCUCCGCCGCAUGGACAGGCCUAUGGCGCUCCGGCAACACAGCCAACACCGCCGUCGCCGGGCUAUGGUCCUCCACAGAUCAUCCAGUGGGACGGGAAUGCAGACGCCCAGGCGCUCAGGGCAGCCAUGAAAGGGUUUGGAACGGACGAGAAGGCGCUCAUCCGGAUUCUAUCCAGCAAAGAUCCCCUGCAGAUGGAGGUCUUGCGCCAGACUUUUGACCGUAUUCACAAGCGCAAUCUGAUUGAGGACCUCAGAAAAGAGACGAGCGGCUAUUUUGAAAAAGGACUUGUCCAGCUGGCGCGCGGACCGUUGCACACGGACUGCCACCUCUUGUUCGAAGCGAUGGAUGGCCCAGGGACAAAGGAGAUUGUACUGAACGACAUUCUUCUAGGCCGCUCCAAUGCCGACAUCAAGGCCAUCAAGAGCACAUUCCAGCAAACCUUCCGACGGAGCCUCGAAAGCGCGGUCAAGGGUGACCUCAGCAUGAAGACCGAGCGGCACUUUAUGAUUGUCCUUGGCGCGAAUCGCGCCGAAGACUCUGCGCCGGUCGAUCCUCGCCAGGUUGACCAGGAUGUGAUGGACCUGUACAAGGCCACGGAGGGACGCAUGGGUACGGAUGAGAUCUUGGUCUGCCAGAUUCUAAGUACAAGGAACAACGACCAGAUCCGUGCUAUCGCCCACUCAUACAAGCAAAAGUUCAGGAAGGACCUAGACGAUGUCAUUAAGAGUGAAUUCUCUGGGCACAUGCGAGAUGCGCUCCAUUUCCAACUGCGGCAGGCUGUCGACAAGUACAUGCAUGCCGCCACCCUGCUCGAGGAAUCCAUGGCAGGGAUGGGCACAAAGGACAAUCUGCUUGUCGCGCGCACGAUUCGGUAUCAUUGGGACCCGACCACGCUGGCCAAUGUGAAAGCAGCGUAUCAACAGAAAUAUCGCAAGAGUCUGGGUGCCCGUAUCAAAGGCGAAACAUCUGGGGACUAUCGCCUGCUUAUGAUGGCUUGUGUCGGGGAAUGGUCCUGAUCAGGGGAAUAUGUACUUGGACAUUCUGCAACGGUCGGCGUCGGCUGUCUUUUCACCCUUAUUUUGCUCUUUGUAUUUAAUACGCCAACCACGGCACCUCUUGUCUCCACGUUAUGCUUAUCAUGAAGUUUGUCCAGUGUCAAUGAGCGCAGGAGUGAAGCAGUCGUCCCAAAGACAUCGCUGCGCAUCACCAGAGGCUUCGACAACGCAAGAUAUGGCCAACUCCCUGGACCACCGGAUCAAGCUCAUCUAGCAGACAAAGCAACUA